AUGAAUUGCCGGUUGUUUUUAGUUGGCAUGGUGCUCGUUGCUUGUGUAAUGAGUACCGGAACAAUGCAAGUUUCAGCUCGCCGUCUCCUAGAAGCUUCCGUGCCGGAGCAUCCAAAGGAGGAAGUGCCUGAGCUUCCUAAGCCCACAGUGCCUGAACUCCCAAAGGUGCCCGAGUUGCCUAAGCCCACAUUGCCUGAGCUUCCAAAGCCCACCUUGCCAGAGCUCCCUAAGCCCACUGUGCACGAGGAGCCUAAGCCCAUUGUGCCUGAAAUACCAAAGCCCAAAAAGUCUGAGAUGCCCAAGCCCAUUGAACAUGAAUUGCCCAAGCCUACAUUGCCAGAGAUGCCCAAACCUGUUGUACCUGAAAUGCCUAAACCCACAUUGCCUGAAAUGCCAAAACCUACCUUGCCAGAGCUCCCUAAACCCACUGAACACGACGUUCCCAAGCCAACACUACCCGAACAACCAAAGCACAAAUCGGUUGAAGUGCCCAAGCCUACUGAACAUGAAGCUCCCAAGCCCAUCGAACAUGAAGUUCCUAAGCCCACCGAACAUGAAGUGCCCGAGAUACCCAAGCCAACUAUCCCUGAACUACCCAAGCCUGUUGUGCCUGAGUUGCCAAAACCCAAGAUGCCUGAAAUGCCCAAACUCACAAUGCCCGAGAUACCCAAGCUGACUAUCCCUGAAAUGCCCAAGCCGACAUUACCCGAGAUCCCUAAGCCUGCCAUCCCUGGCAAACCUUGA